UUAGGUUUUAGGUUAGCCGCGCGCCAUGCGAAGAGGUUAGGAUUCUAGGAGCGAGCCGUGCCAUUUCUCCUACGCACUUUCGACGUAAUCUUCGAGUGAGAUGAUACGACGAAGUCCAACUCGGAUAGAAAUGCGUUUGGAUGAUCUGCAGGUGUACGAGGAAAUAAGGAAAGCACACGAGUCUAAGAAAGAUCCCGAAAGAAAAGCGUCCUCGUCCAUGAAUCCACCCUCAUGGGGAGGCAAGAUUCCUCAAAGCGAGAUUCAGGAACGCAUUGGUUACGUGCCGCAACAUCCAUCCGCGCACAAUCGAGCUACAACAUAGCAGCCGAUUCAAGAGUUGCGAUAUGAAUUACAGAAUGAAUAAGCAACAGUCGAAUUAUGCAUUCCAACAUAAUUUUGAUUUUAACAGUUGGAUACAUUUAUACACAGAUACGGUUUAUAUUAAACAU